ACAUCUACAAUCUUUUCUAUCCCAUCCAAUUUCAUGGGUCUCAUCAUUACCGAAGACAACGAAGACUUCAGCAACGGAUCGCUCACCGAAGAAGAAGGGAUCGAUGAAACCAUGGAAGCUGUUGCCCAGGCUAUGGAAAACCAGUCCGGCAUCCAGUACGCUUCCAAGGGCAUGAAGUGUACUGUCAGAGACCUGUACCAAAGCAAGCCUGACAAGCAUGGCCGUACUUCUUGGACUACCGAUUAUCCCGACGACCUUGAAGAGCCAGCUGAAAAUCUUGAAUCUGCUCAAUACGCAUUGGUCAUACGGCACCAGAAAUGCUACGAUGGGCGGAAGCAACUUCAGAUCCAGUCCAUCGUGGUUCAGAGCCCGCUGCUCAAGAAGGUUUUAGGAAAGGUCCUGCAAAACUAUCCCGGAGUAACGACUAGCUUAGAUCGACUUGAGUUCACAGCGCCCUUCACACCUUUUGUGCAUCGGUGGGAAGCACUAGGUGAAGCGAGGGCAAAGGAGUCUGAUCCUGAGACUAAAGAACACGUCGAACUGCUCUGGGAGGUGCUUGAAAAGGAACUGAGGGACACCAUUUCGGAGAAGCAAGACUUGCUUGCUCAUGGGGUCGUGACCUACAAGGCCUGCUGGACCAUCUUUGAACCUGGCGCUCUCAUUUACCACAACGAUGAUGGGGUCGAUCGCGCAUAUUUCCUCCAAAACGGAGACUACGUCUGCGGGAAUUGUCCGGCCUACGUGUUGAACGUUCAGUCCAUCGAUUUCGACGGCGAACAGUUCGGUCACGUCACAUCCUCUCUGCGGAUCCCAGCAUUUGCUGGUACUACUCAAAUCACUCGUCUGUCGGCAUUCCCUUUGGCAUUCCAUCCUGAGCCCGAACUAGUGAAGAAAAACAUGGUGUCAAGAGGUCAGCUCUUCGAGGCUUACAAAGGAUAUCACUUCAAAGCCUAUGAGGGCAUUGCGUUCGGUUAUGGCCCGUGGGGAAUUGUGCGGUAUACUGUUAACAGCCGCAUCAUCAUCGACACCUAUGGAUGGAAUCGCUUCAAUCCGAAUCAGAGAGUAAGAGUCAGUCGCAUCAAACCGGCUGGUACGGACAUCAGCAUACUCCACUCUUCAGACGACGAGUACGAUUCAGAAGAAGACGAUGAUUCCGGGCGUGCGACACCAUCACAGACUCCUCCAUCGGACAUUCAAACUACUGAUUUGAGCGAAAAGCAGCUCAUGAUCUGUACAGAUAGGCUGCAUGGUUACUCUCUGAAGGAUAAGAAAUGGAUGAUGUUUCCACUUCGCGAGGUCAAAGAAAUCGUCUGGAACAAACGCGCGUUCGACUCUCUUGUCGCGCCAGUUGAGCAGAAAGAACUCAUCCUUGCUUUUGCUCAGUCUCAAGCUAAGAGCAAAGACACCUUUGAUGAUGUCAUUCAAGGAAAGGGCAAAGGAAUCAUCAUGCUCUUGAGUGGACCUCCAGGAGUUGGAAAAACACUUACUGCUGAGUCUGUUGCUGAAGUCAUGAAGGUUCCGCUGUAUACUAUGAGUGCUGGCGAUCUUGGCACCAUGCCAUCGGGUGUGGAGGCUGCUCUUUCCAAUAUCUUGGAAAUGAGCACGAAGUGGAACGCUAUUCUCCUUCUCGAUGAGGCAGAUGUGUUCCUGGAAGCUCGUAGCACCCACGACCUCGAAAGAAACAAGUUGGUUUCGAUCUUCCUUCGGUUGCUGGAGUACUAUGAAGGAAUACUGUUCCUGACAACGAACCGCGUCGACAACCUUGAUGCUGCUUUUGAAUCCCGCAUCCAUCUUUCCUUGGAGUACGAUGAUCUUGACGUCUCAUCUCGGCGUCAUGUGUGGACAUCCUUUUUGUCCCGGUCAUCCAAUGUCGCAGAGUUCUCGGCAGAGCAGUUGGACAGCCUGGCUGAGAAGCAGCUCAACGGGCGUCAGAUAAAGAACAUUCUCAAGACAGCGCAGCUUCUAGCCACAAAGAAGGAGGCUGCUCUGGACUUUGGGUAUGUAGAUACUGUGCUGCGUCUUCGGGAGGCCAACUCCAAGAAGAAAAGCUAUGCGUUGGAUGCCUGACGAAGUGGUGUAGCUACAUCCGGGGUAGUUGGUGAAUUGGACUCAGGCACAUCGAGUUAUUCGCGAGGUUAAGUAGUUCUCAUCAGAAGAAUAAAUUUUGUUCUCGGAUAAUUUGCCCAUCUUUCAAGAUACGCUGCCCACCUCUCAACUACACUUCGAAUAAAAUAUAUUAUACCUAUAGAGUACUUCUUAGAUAGUUUUAGAGAAAAAACUAUCUCGCUACGG